CAUACCUGUGCUAGAUGAUGAAGAUGCCGCAGGCUGUCCAAAGAUUCCUCCUGUUGCAGUUCCACUGGUGGCUGUUGCACCAAACAAGCUUCCUCCCCCUGUAGAUGUUGCAGCUGUUCCUCCAAAUAAACUCCCUCCUGCAGUUGUUGUCACUGUUGUUCCAAAGAUUCCUGAUCCUGCAGAUGUUGUUGUGGCUGCUCCAAAUAACCCUCCUCCAGUAGAUGGGGUACCACCUGACCCAAAGAGACUUCCUCCUGCAGAUGUGCUUGUGGCUGUUCCAAAGAGACCCCCUCCUGCGGAUGUAGUUGUGGCUGUUCCAAAGAGACUCCCUCCUGCAGAUGUAGUUGUGGCUGUUCCAAAGAGACUCCCUCCUGCAGAUGUAGUUGUGGCUGUUCCAAAAAUACUUCCACCUGAAGAUGUUGUUGCAGCUGUUCCAAAGAGUCCCCCUCCUGAAGAUGUUGUUGUGGCUGUUCCAAAAAUACUCCCUCCUGCAGAUGUUGUUGCAGCUGUUCCAAAAAUACUCCCUCCUGCAGAUGUUGUUGCAGCUGUUCCAAAAGUACUUCCUCCUGCAGAUGUUGUUGCAGCUGUUCCAAAAAUACUCCCUCCUGCAGAUGUUGUUGCAGCUGUUCCAAAAGUACUUCCUCCUGCAGAUGUUGUUGGUGCAGAUCCAAAUACACUUCCUCCUGCAGUUGUUGUGGCUGUACCAAAUAAUCCGCCAGAACCUAAAGAAAUUUGAAAAAAAGAAUAAGCUGGGGGCUCUACAUACUAUAUUGUCUUGAAAUCUUUUUCUAAGUAAUAUCAGUUUCAGUAAAAAAAGUUUACCUGAAGAGGUUGCUCCAAACAAAUUCUUGGCUGCAGUUGUUACAGCUGCAGAUGUUACAGCUGAAGUAAUAACAGCUGCUGUUGUUUCAGCUGUUGAAGCUGUAGGGGAUGGUGAUGUAGUAGUGGGUGCUUCAGAGGAUGCACUUGUGAUUGGCAUAGCACCCAGUAGUCCAGACAGAGCACUGGUGCCAGAAGGAGCCUCUGUAGAACCUAGAAAGUACAAAUAUAAUCAAUAAUUUAAAAUCUAUUGAAAGAACAAUUACAAC